AUGAUUUUAAACAGAUAUAUAAAAAUCAACUUUGGUCAAUUGAAUAGUGUACUUCAAAGUAUGCUGACAACAACUGUUGAUUCUCCUCAACAUAAAAGAGUGCUCCGAAUGAAAGAUAAUUGGGAAGAUGAUUCUUCGUUAUCUACUGUUUAUCGAAUGUACAAAGCGAAUGAGAACAUCGUGAAAUUAAAGAGAAUCAAGAGAAUCCAUUUUGAAUUAUUGAAAUGUGCCAGAAUUAUAAACGAAGCUUAUGGAAUACGAAUUCUUAUAUCAAUAUCUUCAUGCGUCAUAUUUAUUAUUACAUUUUUAUACAGUCUAUACGCUAUUUCAGUUACAAACAAUUAUGACAAUUGGAUGAAUGAGUUCUAUUCGCAUUUCUAUUGGAUUUUAUAUUUUGUCAUCAAGAUUUUUGCAAUAAACAACAUAUGUGAGAUAACAAUGGCAGAAAACACUGGAGAUAUUCUUUGCGAAUUGUAUGAACCUUCGACCAGCAAGAAAUUUCGUGAUGAGAUCCGUGAUUUUACGUUUCAACUAACCCAAAAUCGUUUGACGUUUACCGCUUGCAGAUUGUACGAUCUAGAUCAUACAUUUAUAUAUAGUGCGAUAGGUUCGAUUACUACCUAUCUCGUUAUUCUUAUUCAAGUUGGAGAUAAACCUAAAGUAUUCUUAAACAAUACGAAUUAUAAUUUAACGUUAGGAAUAUAACGAACGAAUUAAAAUGUUUUUUCAUUCGAUAAAUGUAUCACACGUAAUCGACAAUUUUUUAUAUGGUACAAUAUUUUGUUUGACAUCACGUUUUUUUUUCAUUUUUUCUGCGUUAUCAUAAAAAAAAGU